UCUGUACGUCGUCUCUUACAAAAUACCCGGAAGAACGCUAUACGUCAUGUGCAGAUGACGAGUGGAAUACAUCAAUUUCGCUCGUUUUUAACUUGAAAUAACUCGUGUCGUCAUUCAUUCAACAUAUAUCAUUUACCAGUAUACUUGUCAUUAUACGAGACUAAAUCGUUUUUAUCAUUUUUUCCCCCUAGAACGUAGCUGAUAUUGCCACUAUUCACUCUUGCUGCACCGGGUUUAUUUUUUAGUAAACCGCAGCAUGCAAAAGGCGUUGUGAAAAUGCACAAAUGAAAACAUUGUAUGGUUAGUGCAUAGUCGACUGGAGCUUGUGAAGUUUGUCAUCGCCGUAUCCGCGGUUGACUGCUCACGUCUGGAAGCUUUCUGGAGAGCGGUAUGUUUGAGUGUCAUGGAGGAAACGUUCUACUCGAACAACUUUAGCAUCGAGUCACUCAAAAAACAACCACAAUGGAUGACCCCAGCAUGGAGAGACUGUUUAGAGGACACAAAGAUGCCGUCACUUGCGUGCAUUUCAGUCCGAACUCUAAAAUGCUGGCAUCGGGCUCCAUGGAUCGCAGCCUGAUGGUCUGGAACCUGUCAUCUAAGGGGAGGUGCUUGCACUUUGUCAACCAUCAGGAUGUCGUCACAGGUGUGCAGUUCUGCCCCCUUGGUAACCUGGUGGCGACUUCGUCUAAGGACAAGAUGGUCAGACUGUGGAAACCAUCCUUAAAAGGUGAGUCGACAGUGUUCAAGGCUCACAUAGCACCAGUGCGCAGUGUGGCGUUCUCCUAUGACGGCACGAGGCUGGUGACAGCCUCCGACGACAAGUCAGUGAAGGUUUGGAGCGUCAGCCGGCGAUGCUUCGUCUACUCGCUCAACCAGCACACCAACUGGGUACGCUGUGCUAGGUUUUCACGAGACAAUCGCCUUUUAGUGUCCUGUGGGGAUGACCGCACCGUCAGGCUGUGGGACACAUCCAGCAAAAACUGCAUCAACUGUUUCACUGACUGCUGCGGAUCCGCAACCUAUGUGGACUUCAACUCGAGAGGCACAUGUAUAGCAUCCUCAGGGGCAGAUAGCACCCUUAAAAUCUGGGACAUACGCACCAAUAAGAUCAUCCAGCAAUAUCAAGUUCACAAAGCAAGCGUCAACAGCUUCUCUUUCCACCCGUCCGAUAACUAUUUGAUCAGUGGCUCCAGCGAUGGCACUAUCAAAAUCCUAGACCUGCUGGAGGGACGUCUCAUCUACACGCUACAUGGACACAAGGGUGCCGUCCUCACUGUGGCCUUUUCCAUCUCUGGAGAGCUUUUUGCUUCGGGGGGUGCCGAUUUCCAGGUGAUGUUGUGGAAGACCAAUUUUGGCGCCAAACCGUACAGGGAAGUUCUGGAGUCACAAAGCCAGCGGACAGCGCCUAGACAGCAGCACCCUCACCUGAUGGACCCCCAAGAAAUUCAGGUCAGUCCAUGGGUGACAGACACACACUCACAGAAGCCAGAAAUCAUCGAGCUACAAGCAGCUAGUCACCAAAACCCUCACUUCGACACCAAUGACCACCACGCUGAUGACAGGGACGUCCGCGACAGUGUGCCAUCUGUCGCCACGACCAUGGAGGCUGAAGACUGGCCAAAGGAUGAGAGCAGCCGCGAGGGAAGUCGACGGAAGCGACGUGAUGAGAGCAGCCGUGAUGGAGGUCGGCGGAAGCAGCGAGGGACCAAGAGCAAAAAACCGCAAGAAAAGAACGUCAAAAAACGUCAGGAGGAAGAGGAGGCACAAGAGUGGCCGGAAGAAGGCGAAACAAUACAACCGACGAACCAGACGGCCGUCCCCUCCAGGCAACAGCCUGUUCUCAACUCCCUCUUGGAGCAAAUGGUCAAGCAGCUGGAAGUUCUUACACAGGCCAUUUCUGUGUUGGAGGAACGUCUUAGCCUGACAGAGGACAAAGUUCAGGAGUGUAUCACCCAAGCCAUUUCACUCACACAGCCACAGCGUCCUGAAGGACCAACCGACACUAAAGUAGAAGAACUCACUUAAAGUACUUUGGUGCAUGCAUGCAUGCAUGGACCUUGAUAUUCAGUCACGUGAAAAAUAUUUCCGGGCUCCAAUGGGCUCACAGAGGAUGGAUGUGUUACUCUGCAACAUUAUGUGGAGAACAACAAAGCUGCCAGAUGAAGCCACUAAUGACUAAGAUUUUUAUCAUAGUCAUUGGACACCCGUUUUUUUUUUUUUUUUUUAACUAAAGCGAACCUAGCGAGCAAUUUUAAUACAAUAUGAACUUUAAAAACUGUAAAACUAAUCGCACUUUCCUAGAUGCUUUACCUUGCCAUGCCUUGAUCCUAAUUUCAAUUCCGUACCAUUUUUUUUUCAUUCUUGAAUUCCUAAUUCGAAACUAAUGGGCCGUUUACAUGGUGACGCUGCCACGCCAAGACGCAAUGACUGUGUUGCAGAAUGGCCUCGCUUUUAGGGGCCGUUUACAUGGUGACUCUCCGAGAAUACGAAAAAAUUUCAAAUUUGCAUUUGCGUCUCCAUUUGAACAAUGUCGCAAUUCCGCAUGAAAACGAUGUAGUAUUCAUGCCAGGCCCCAGGGACCAGUGCAGAUUUACAGAGCGACAGAGAAUUAUGCACUUUGACCCCACCAAGCUCCCUCAGCCUGGAAAAAAAUAUGCCCGCCCACUCGAAGCAGUGACAUUUUUCUUUUGUUCAAAAACGCACAAAAAUUGAAACAGUCAACAUAUUUAAUUUAAAAAUAUUAUUAAAACAGUAAAUUAAAGCCGACAUUCCGCCAUAUUUGCUGCUUUUAAUGUUUAGUAGCACCGCUGCACACGCCCAAUGUGACGUGUACGAGUGCUGACGUUAAUGGCGCGGUCUCGCGCCGCGAGAGCCUUUGAUAUGCAUGCCCAGGAAGCCCCCCCUCAAUCACCCGUAAUCGGAUUCUUCCACUUUGGAGGCAGGAUUCAGAAUUUUUCGUCUUCGCCAACACCAUAUGCACGCGAUGUCUUUGUGUCGCAGAGUCGCCAUUUAAACUGCCCCUUACAUGGUGAAGGAGAAAACGCAAACUUUUUUUUAAUUCCGGCCUCCAAAGCGGAGCGAUUAAAUUGCUGGGAUUGUUCCGCAACCAUUUGAAUGGAAGGCUCUCUCUGAUGAUGUCAGCACUCGCACACGUCACUUUGGGCAUACGCAGUCGCUGCUCUUAAACAUUCAAAACAGCAAACAUGGUUGAACGGCUGCUUUAAUUUACUGCUUUUCUAAUAUUUUUAGUUCAAAUAGGUUUUAUGUUCGUGUUUUUGUGCCUUUUGGAGCAAAAGAAAAAAAGGCGAGGAUAACAUUGAUUCAAGUGAGUAGGUAUGUUGUCUUCCUGGCUGAGGAGGUUGUCUUCAAGGAAGUGCAAGUUUUCAAGGCUGUCACCUUGUAGAACUGCACUGCCCCGUAUGCCUGGGCAGGAAUACUACAUCGUUUUAACACAAAAUUGUGACAUCGUUGGAAUGGAAACGGAACCGUGUAAAUGCAAACAUGAAAUUUGUCAUAUUCUUAGAGGUUCACCAAGUAAACGGCCCCUAUAUCUGGCUUCAAACCAUAUUUUGAAAACCUAAACCUAGAGUUAAAUACUGACGUCGCCUCAAACCUGAAUUCAAAAUCAUACCUUGAAACCCUUAUGUAAUUCAAAAUCACAACCAUUGCUUGAAGCCCUAAUUUGGAAACCAUAGCCAUAGACUCUACACAGAACCAAACAUGAAGAUUGAAAAACCAAUAAUUUAUCAUCUGAAAACAUCAAAAUGACUUUAUUUUUACUGGUGCACUUUUGGCAAUGGGCCAAUAACGCCGACUGAAGCCUUGCUGUUUCAGCUCCAAUGCCAUUGUCAACAGUUCUUCAUUGGAAACACUUAAUUUGCCACAAAUUAUAGAGGCUUAUAUCAGCAGUGUUUGUGUUGGAGCAAUUUUUGACACAACACAUAUUAACCAUUGUUCCUAUGAAAACGAUUAAAUUGCUUGGGAAAAAACAAGUAAAUUGCUGGCCCCCGCAAUAAUGACACUACAUGGAUGAGGGCGCUGCGUGUGAACAAGACCCCCUUCUAAUUUGAAAUCAUGACCCUGGCUUGAGACCCUAUCCACAGUGUGGGACCCUAUCCCGUCCUUGGAACUCAAACCAUAGUUUGAAACCUAAAGCCAGGCUAGUUCAAGAUGGUAAUGAGUAAAGUGUGCAAUGUCUUGGUGUUUUUUUGGCUCAGCAGACAUUUUUUCUGGAUUCCGAUAUCUUUCCUAUCUCCAUCCACUCCACCCAUAUUUGGCUCAGUUUUAUUAGGUACGACAAGGUGAAUGAGAAGAACCCUUAAGCAGCUUAAAGUUGCAACUGGCCCAUUGAUCAUCCUGACCAGAAGCCUCCCGAGAGCACUCCUGCCAUUGCCGCAGGGCCUCGUGGAUGCUGCCUCACACGACCGAUCCUCUCAAGCUUCUUAACGCUGCUCUUUGGUUUAAGCCUGUCACUCGUGCAUCAGUGACGUACCCGUGUGGCCUGUCACUUGAGUGAGAAAAGUGAACGUGCAAGCAAGAUCAUACUCCCUCUGCUGCAUAUGGAACAACUAUAUAUCUUACAAGAACAACAUUAUUCCGCUUACUGAGCUGAUUUUGUUAUUAUCAAGGAAUUGUACUUUAUUUUGAUAAAGGAUUACAGUACCUAAUUAAAUUACUACCCAGUUAAAAACAAUUUUUGUUUAAUUUCAUCACAUAGAUAACUAAUUAAUGUUUUUCUUUGAUUUUGUAAGAUGUUCAUUUUUGUUGUGUGCUAGUACGAAAGUACUAGCUAGUAUUAUUAGUAUUUUUACUACUAGUACUAUCUACUGUAUGUGGUGUGGUCACACUGUCUUUCUAUCAAGGUAUCUUUCAUGAUAAAGAAUUAUUUUUGAAACUUUGAGCUUUUAUUUUAUGUAUAACACACAUUAUAGUAUUGAUACAUUUGAAAUGGAAUUGUUUGGGAACAAAACCCUUGACCUUAAUUGGCCUACUAUGUUCUUGAAAUGGAGAUUUCAUUACAGCAUUUGGACCCAUUUACAGCUGCAGUAUUAAUGGACUUCAUUUCUCGCAAUGUUAAAUGCAUAUUAUAUACUCGUAGCUUUGAGAAAAAGUGGUUAGAUGAUGUAAUGUGUUUGCUUUAUCGAAGUUAAAGGUUGUUUGGAAGGACAUGGGCAUCGUUGAUUUAAAACAGGAGCUUUUGCGUUUUUGAGGGCUAGGUGGCUGACAGCAAUGUAUUCUGCAAUGUUAUAUUAUUUAUUCAUUGGUGAUUGAACAUGCUGCUAUUUCUCUUGGUUGUGCAAUGGUAUUAUUUGCGCUUGUCGUAAGUGGAGCAUUGAAGAACCAAAUCUCACAUUCAACAGCACUUGGAAUUCACACAUUCGUUUUAUCAAACUUUCGAUAAAGAAAGGCAUAUUUACUUACAUUUGAGAAUGGACGUACAGGAAAGGUUCUCCUCAGACACAUCUGCUAUGUGGCUGCCCACAACUCAACUGCACACCGCUCUCUCACUGUUAACGUCUUCACCAUGUCUUGAAGCAUUUAUUUUUUCCAUAUUCAUGUUGCUCGUGUAUGAUUAUAAUGUACGUAACAUGUUUAUUUAGCACCUUUGGAUAACAUUGAGAGUCCAACUGAAUGUAAAAGACUGCUUAUCCACCGCCGCAAAAGCUUCAGAAGCUAAAUAUUAUCAGGGUGAAAAGUUUGACAGAAUACCUGCUGUGAACGCGUGUGUGUGUGUAAGGAGGGGAGGGGUCAAGUCAUCAGCCAAUCAAACUUGUGUUAAAGGGGAAAAACUGGACUAGCACAUUCAGCAAGGGAAAAUGGGUCAAUGUAAGUCUGAACAUAUUGAAAGUACUGUAAUUCACAUAAUAAUGGUAGGAUUAAUUUUAUCCUUACAACAUAGGAAGACAAGCUAAAUUACCUAUAUAAUUGAAGUCAUCAUAUAAUGCAAAUAAGGUUGCGUAAAAGUUGGUGGGGACAAUUUGAGCAUCCUGAAAAGUUGGUAGUGUUAUGUCCCUACCGUCCCAUUACAAACCUACGCCCUUGCUGUUCGUACAACCGAAAGCUGAACACGGGCAUAUUGGCACACUCCUUUUGUUUUAUGCCGUGUGUUUAUUUUUUUUGUAUUUUUUAUUAUUAUUAUUAUUAUUUAUUUAUUUAUUUUAUUUUUGUUAAAGUAAGUGAA